CAAGUUUUCUGCUCUGACCAUUCUCAUUCUACAUCGGUCUUCUCUUGACUUUUUGAGUUCACCCUGACAUCCCCCAAGGAACUUUGCUUGGAUAUAUAUCUUCUCUGUCUCCAACCUCCUUCGAAAUUAUUAUGAGAAAAGUACAGUUACUGUCCCUCCUGUUUGGUGCUUUACUGCUUCUAAAGUCUGGAGAAGGUGCAGUCAUCACUGGGGCUUGUGAAAGGGAUCUACAGUGUGGAGGAGGGAUGUGCUGCGCCAUCAGCCUCUGGAUAAGAAGCUUACGGAUGUGCACUCCUCUCGGUAAUGAAGGAGAUGACUGCCAUCCAUUAAGCCAUAAAACUCCUUUUUUUGGAAAGAGAAUGCAUCACAAUUGUCCAUGUCAACCGAACCUGAGCUGCACCAGGCUGGAUGACGCCACCUAUAAAUGCCUGCCCUUCCUAAACAGCAACGAUAUUUACUUCUAGGAGAUUCCAGCCAAUGUCAGCCGUGAAGAAAUGUGAUGGUGAAGGACGGAUGUCUACCGUCGAACAAUUGUUCUUCAAACUUCUCUCUAUGUUGAAGCCUAAAGACGCAUUAGACUAGCGGACCUCAUGUAUGACAUCACGUUCUUGUCGCUUAUAGCAACCAAUCAGAGUUCAGUAUUUAUGUUGAAACGCACUAGAAAAAUGAACAACCCCUGACUGGUUUCUAUGGGCAUCAAGGCAGCCAUUCCCUGAGGCCAUCUGACUGAUCGUAGAUGGUCACCAAAGCUCCACUACAGGGUGUCCAGUGAACCCAAUGCCCCGUUGAGGUAUAAGAAGGGACAAAUCACUUAAAGGGGAAACCCAGUCAAAAACAAUCUGACAUAGAUAUAUGUGAGAAGAUCACAUUGGAGACAUCUACAAGGUCGGGCCACCACUAAUUUCCAGAAAGGAAUAUAAUUUAUUAACUGUAAACCCCUUCGGCACUGCUCGGAGAUUUAUGUUGAAAUCCAGCAGAACGUUGUAUAUGAAAUUUACUGAUCUGAUUGGCCCUUUGCUUAAAGGGGAUUUCUAGGACUGUAAUAUUUGCCUCUUGAUAGGUCAUCAAUAUCAGAUUAGUGAGGGUCUGACUCCCGACACCUGUUAGAACAAGUCCCAGAACAGUGUGGCUCCGUACACCGGGCAGUGAAUGGCACUGUGGUGCUUUCUCCAUCGACUUAAAGUGGUUUUCUGAGAUUUUUUAACUUGGUCAUCAGUAUCUGAUCGGUGGGGAUCCAACUCCCAGGACCCCCACCGUUCAGCUGUUUUUAGAUGGCACAGGCGCUGGCAGUAGCACCGCGGCCUUCUCUCAGCUCACCAAGCACAGCGCCGUACAUUGUAUAGCGGCUGUGCUUGGUAUCGCGGCUCAGCCUCAUUCGCUUGUACGGGGCUGAGCUGCGCCUAGGUCAUGCGACUGAUGAACGUGACGUCACAUGGCCUACGGAAAAGCUGCGGCGCUACUGCGAGCACCGGUGUCUUCUCAAGCAGCUCAUUGGUGGGCGUCCUGGGUGUCAGAUUCCUACCGAUCAGAUUCUGAUGAUCUACCCAGAGGAUAGGACAUUAGUUAAAAAAAAUCUCGGACAACCCCUUUAAAUUGGAGCAGCGCUUCUGCACCGCUCAAGAUUAGAAUAUUCUGUCAGAUUUCCAAUGGCUGAAAUCUGAGUGGUGCCAAAGGGGCUUAUUAACACUACAAAAUAACAAAAUCUUUUCAAUGUGAUUUUUUUUCAUUUGUAUCUAUAACACCAUAAAAAGACCCUUUCCUACCGCUAGACAUUUCACUUGCCCCCAUAAAGUAUUCUUUCCCAGUCCCAUUCUUGACCAAUUCAAAGGGGUUGUCCGAGAUUUACAAAAAAAAGGGUCCCCUUUAUUCCCUCCAGAAACAGCACCACUCUCAUCCAUGGGCUGUGCUUGGCUUCGCACCUCAGUCCCAUUCACUUGAAUAGGGAUAAGCUGCAACCUAUGGGGGUAACGCUAUUUCUGGGGGGACAUUUUUACUAAUGCUGGACAAUCCCUUUAUAUAUUCCAAGCUGUUGAGAAUUGUGCUUUGGUGAAUCACUCCUUGAGGGAAUCUGUCACUAAACUGACCCUCUAUGUACCCCCAUUCAGCAGACUGGCAGAAUGAAGGUAGCAUGCGUUCCAGCAACCACCUUCCAGCUAAUUGUUACCAGGGUCAGUCUGGCAGCA